AUGCAAUAGUUCUAUUGUAGUGUAGUGCAAUAUGUUCUCAACAGAGCGUUCGAUAUUUGUAUUUGUUGUAUGAUAAGGUUUUCAGAAGUCAUGCACAUUAAAGCCUGGAAAUUGUCUGCACGGUUUCUCUUACACAUUGCUGCCCGCUCACCUCGAUAGCGCCACUUUGUUCAAUAGGCUACAAGGCAGCCGGCAGCCGAGGAGUAAUGUCUGUGUACUCUUUUUGGCAAGAGGGGUUUGGAAGCACUUGGCAGGGCUGUUAAGCUAGGACUAUAUUUAUCUUGUGUGCAACACACAACGGCGUCUUUCAUGGGUUAUUUAAAAGCUAACGACGGUAAAGGUUUUCCAGUAUUAAUGAAGCGAGCGAGACGUGGACACUGUGCCUUUUCCCAAAACUUUUUUCAGCCGCGUUCUAUGCGAGGCAAGACAUUUGUGUGUUUUUAAAUCGGCGCAUUUCAGGAGGUACACUAAGGACACCCGAAUGUAGCUUCUGGAGAAGGAUAGGGAAUACCAAGGCGAUGAUUAUGUAGGCUAGGCUACUUUCGAAAAAGAAGACAUGGACAGCAGCAACAACAACAAUGCCUACAGUACAUCAGUUACUGUGGUGGGCAACGAACCCAAUGCAGAGGGGAAUGUCCAUCUGGAAGGUGGAUUGGACGAAGUGCAGAUGCACCUCACCUGCUUACCUGAGCGGUACAUGAGGGCAAAGUUCACUCUGUCGGCGUACAUCCUGUGCUGGACCGUGUUGAAGUUGUGCCAGAGAUUAAGAGUCUCCCCUGACGUGCCACAGGCCCCGCAAGUGCUCGACGACCCUGUGAAUGACAGCGGGUGCUUGGAAGAGGGGGCCCUGGGUCCAGAAGAGUGCCCUGAUGCUCUGGAAUCAGGCGACCUGGCCCAGGACACCACAGAGGAAUACUUUGACACCCACUCCUGGCAUAGCGACACAAUUUCUGACAUUGCCCCUGAUGGUGAUGACUGGCCACCUGCAUUGCUGGCAGCAGGGGGCCCCAGCAUAGGACCACCCCACCCCACGGGCUGCGUGGGACAUGCCACAGUAGGGAGCUCUAUGCGUAUUCUGUCAGAGAUGUGCCAAGAGGCCCCCGAAUGGCUCCAAGAGCCUACAGAGCACGACCCCUCUCAAAACCUGGGUUCUGUUAGCUUCCAUUCAUGGACAGCACAUCAGACGUGUGUCAGUGGCUUACCAGAGAGGACUGAGAAUUUUCGAUCCAAUGAGGUCCCGAAGAGCAACAGCCUUCAAUCAUCAUUCAAGGAAGCUGGACUUCCUGUGCUUAACGCUUCUGGGAUGGUAGCCUCUGCAAAAGACUCACAUAUUAAACAAACAGAAAAACAUGGAGCAGACUCACAGGUUACACGUGCAGAAACACAUGGAACAGACUCUCAAUUUAAACCCAUGCAAACCUGUGAAAUGGACUCACAAAUUAAACCUACAGAACCAUCUGCAACAGACUUGCGAGUUAAACCCACAGAAGCAUGUGAAACAGGCACACAGUUUAAACCUAGAGUGAACUCUGUAACAGACUCGCAGUUGAAACAAACAGGAACAUGUGGAACUGACUCACAGGUUACACCCACAGACACAUGUGAGAUGGACUUACAGUUGAAACUCACAGAAACAUGUGAAAUGGACUCACUGUUUAUACCUACAGAAACAUCUGUAAUGGACUUGCAAAUUAAACCCACAGAGUCAUGUGGAACAGACGUACUGAUUAAACCUGGAGAGAACAAUGUAACAGACUCACAGUUUAAACCCACAGAAACGUAUGGAGCAAGUGCACUGUUUAGACUCACAGGAAACUGUGUAUCAAAUGAAAAGCUGGAAUCUACUGAAAUGAAUGCAGCACAUUCAGAAAUUAAAUCGGCUGACAUAAGUGUAAUGGAACCACAGUUUAUCUCAGAGCAUUUCACCCCUGAAAUAAAUGUGAUACCGUCAGAGGUAAAAUUCCCUGAGAUCACUGUAACAGAAUCUGAGUUUAAAUCUUCUGAAAAAAUUGUGGCAGAGCCUCAGUUUAUAGCUAUUGACUCAGGUGCAACUGAACUAAUGUCUCCAUCGGAAGGCUUGGAGUCCUCAAAGGACCCCAGUGAGAAUGAGGCCACUUAUGUUGUCCUGUGUUCUGAGACAGACUAUGCUAAUCUCUCAGAUGAAGAAAUGCAACAACAGACUUACCCAUGGGAAUUCCCUGGAUCGAAACCUAUGAAGAUCUGUGAACUAAACUCUGAAAGUCUGGGAUCAUAUUCAGACGAUGAGGGCAAAGUAUAUCAGCAGAGGAGAGGGGCUAUAUCCAAGGACAGUCAGAGUUAUGAAGAGGAGGAAGACAUCUUAGAAACUCAUCACUUUACAAACUUUUGUCUGCCAGACACUGAGAACUAUGUUUUAGAAACCCCAGUUUCAAAAUCAAAUAUCUGUAUGCAAUCAGAUAUUGAGGAAAAUAUUUUAGAGACCCAAUCCCAUAUUAAUGUCUGUCUACAGCCAGAUACUGGGGAUGAUGUCUUAGAAACCCCAUCUCAAUUUGAUGUCUGUGUACAAUCCUGUCCUGGGGAAGGCCAUUUGAAAAUCCAGCCUCACAGUACAGCUUCCGAAGAGUCGAUCACUGAGGAGCAUGUUUUAGAAACCCAUCUUCACAUUAACAUCUGUGUACAGCCCAGUACCGAGGAAGAUGUUCUAGAAACCCAGCCUCUCAGUAACAUCUAUGUAGAGUCAAAUAUUGAGGAAACUCUUUUAGAAACUCAGCCUCACAGUAUAACCCCUGAAGAGUCAGAUGUUGAGGAAGAUGUUUUAGAAACCCAGCCUCACACUAGCAUCUGUGUACAACCCAGUACUGAAGAAACAUUUUUAGAAACCCAGCCUCCCAGUACUGCCUCUGAUGAGUCAGAUUUUGAAGAAUAUGUUUUAGAAACCCAGCCUCACAGCAGGAUCUGUGUACAGCCCAGUACUGUGGAAACUGUUUCAGAAUCCCAGCCUCACAGUAUAGCUUCUGAAGAGUCAGAUAUUGAAGAUGUUUUAGAAACCCAGUCUCACACUAACAACUGUGUACUGCCCAGUACUGUGGAAACUGUUUUAGAAAUCCAAGCUCACAGUACUGUGCCUGAAGAGUCAGAUAUUGAGGAAGAUAUUUUAGAAACCCAGCCUCACAGUAACAUCUGUGUACAGCCCAGUACUGAAGAAACCUUUUUAGAAACCCAGGCUCCCAGUACUGCCUUUGAUGAGUCAGAUUUUGAGGAAGAUGUUUUAGAAACCCAGCCUCACCGUAGGAUCUGUGUACUGCUCAGUACUGUAGAAACUGUUUCAGAAACCCAGCCUCACAGUAACAUCUUUGUGGAGUCAUAUACUGAGGAAACUCUUUUAGAAACCGACCCUAACAGUAUAGCCCCCAAAGAGUCAGAUUUUGAAGAAGAUGUUGUAGAAACCCAGCCUCUCAGUAACAUCUGGGUACAGCCCAGUACUGUGGAAACUGUUUUAGGAAUCCAGGCUCACAGUACUGUGCCUGAAGAGUCAGAUAUUGAGGAAGAUAUUUUAGAAAUUCAGUCUCUCACUAACAUCUGUGUACCGCUCAGUACUGAGGAAGAUGUUUUAGAAACCCAGCCUCACAAUAGCAUCUGUGUACAACCCAGUACUGAAGAAAAUUUUUUAGAAACCCAGGCUCCCAGUACUGCCUUUGAUGAGUCAGUUUUUGAGGAAGAUGUUUUAGAAACCCAGCCUCACCGUAGGAUCUGUGUACUGCUCAGUACUGUAGAAACUGUUUCAGAGACCCAGCCUCACAAUAACAUCUUUGUGGAGUCAUAUACUGAGGAAACUCUUUUAGAAACCGACCCUUACAGUAUAGCCCCCAAAGAGUCAGAUUUUGAAGAAGAUGUUGUAGAAACCCAGCCUCUCAGUAACAUCUGGGUACAGCCCAGUACUGUGGAAACUGUUUUAGGAAUCCAGGCUCACAGUACUGUGCCUGAAGAGUCAGAUAUUGAGGAAGAUAUUUUAGAAAUUCAGUCUCUCACUAACAUCUGUGUACCGCUCAGUACUGAGGAAGAUGUUUUAGAAACCCAGCCUCACAAUAGCAUCUGUGUACAACCCAGUACUGAAGAAAAUUUUUUAGAAACCCAGGCUCCCAGUACUGCCUUUGAUGAGUCAGUUUUUGAGGAAGAUGUUUUAGAAACCCAGCCUCACCGUAGGAUCUGUGUACUGCUCAGUACUGUAGAAACUGUUUCAGAGACCCAGCCUCACAAUAACAUCUUUGUGGAGUCAUAUACUGAGGAAACUCUUUUAGAAACCGACCCUUACAGUAUAGCCCCCAAAGAGUCAGAUUUUGAAGAAGAUGUUGUAGAAACCCAGCCUCUCAGUAACAUCUGGGUACAGCCCAGUACUGUGGAAACUGUUUUAGAAAUUCAGGCUCACAGUACUGUGCCUGAAGAGUCAGAUAUUGAGGAAGAUAUUUUAGAAAUUCAGUCUCUCACUAACAUCUGUGUACCGCUCAGUACUGAGGAAGAUGUUUUAGAAACCCAGCCUCACAAUAACAUCUGUGUACAGCCCAGUACUGAAGAAACUUUUUUAGAAACCCAGGCUCCCAGUACUGCCUUUGAUGAGUCAGAUUUUGAGGAAGAUGUUUUAGAAACCCAGCCUCACCGUAGGAUCUGUGUACUGCUCAGUACUGUAGAAACUGUUUCAGAAACCCAGCCUCACAGUAACAUCUUUGUGGAGUCAUAUACUGAGGAAACUCUUUUAGAAACCGACCCUUACAGUAUAGCCCCCAAAGAGUCAGAUUUUGAAGAAGAUGUUGUAGAAACCCAGCCUCUCAGUAACAUCUGGGUACAGCCCAGUACUGUGGAAACUGUUUUAGGAAUCCAGGCUCACAGUACUGUGCCUGAAGAGUCAGAUAUUGAGGAAGAUAUUUUAGAAAUUCAGUCUCUCACUAACAUCUGUGUACCGCUCAGUACUGAGGAAGAUGUUUUAGAAACCCAGCCUCACAAUAGCAUCUGUGUACAACCCAGUACUGAAGAAAAUUUUUUAGAAACCCAGGCUCCCAGUACUGCCUUUGAUGAGUCAGUUUUUGAGGAAGAUGUUUUAGAAACCCAGCCUCACCGUAGGAUCUGUGUACUGCUCAGUACUGUAGAAACUGUUUCAGAGACCCAGCCUCACAAUAACAUCUUUGUGGAGUCAUAUACUGAGGAAACUCUUUAGAA